GGGAAGGGAAACGCAAUGUGUCGUCGACGUUAGUGGCUGCCUUCGCUGCUAACGGGAAUAACUCUUAGGCUGCUUCUGUCCCCUUGCCCCCCCCCCGCCACCGCUACUCGCCCAAACUUUGGGUGCGGUUCGAGGCGAGGGGGACCGCAGCGGCGCGGAGGAGCCUGGUGGCCCCCUGAGGAAGGGAUGCUCUGCGGCCGCAUCCGCACCUGUGACCUCGUAAAACGGGCUGAGCCCCGCGGGUCCGCGGGGCUGUGAGCCGGUACCUGCGCGCGCCGCUUCUGCAGCUGCUAGGCGCCCGGACCUUCGCCCGCACGUCGCACGCUUCGCUGGACAAAAAGUGAGAAAAAGCACACGCCCCACCAUGCCCGCUUGGAACUCACAGACCGUUCUGUUAUGACUUGCUAAAAUCAUGGUGAAAUGUUGCUCGGCCAUUGGAUGCGCUUCCCGCUGCUUGCCAAAUUCCAAGUUAAAAGGACUGACAUUUCACGUAUUCCCCACAGAUGAAAACGUCAAAAGAAAAUGGGUGUUAGCAAUGAAAAGACUUGAUGUGAAUGCUGCAGGCAUUUGGGAGCCUAAAAAAGGAGAUGUGUUGUGUUCAAGGCAUUUUAAGAAGACAGAUUUUGAUAGAAGUACUCCAAAUAUUAAACUGAAACCUGGAGUCAUACCUUCUAUCUUUGACCCCCCAUCUCACUUGCAGGGGAAAAGAGAAAAACUUCAUUGUAGAAAAAACUUCACCCUCAAAACUCUUCCAGUCACACACCACAAUCACCAGUUUGUUGGUCUUUCCUCAUGUCCUGAAGAAUUCCAAUCCCAGUUCAUUUUUGAACAUAGCUACAGUGUAAUGGACAGUCCAAAGAAACUUAAGCAUAAAUUAGAUCAUGUGAUCCGCGAGCUAGAGGAUACCAAGAAAAGUCUGCGGAAUGUUUUAGACCGAGAAAAACGUUUCCAAAAAUCAUUGAGGAAGACGAUCAGGGAAUUAAAAGAUGAAUGUCUCAUCAGCCAAGAAACAGCAAAUAGACUGGAAGCUUUCUGUUGGGAGUGUUGUCAGGAAAGCAUAAAAAGAGACUAUAUUUCAUGAAAUAAUUCCAUGUUAUGUUCUACCUAAAAUUAACAUUGCUACAGCUAUUUAGAAAAUAAUUCUCAUUUACCAUCAUUAAAUACUAUCCAUCAUUUAGAGUGCUUCUUUGGAUCUUCUGUAGCAUUAUUUAUUUAGUUGUUACCCAAAGAUUUUUUUUUGAAGAUGUACAGAAAUGUGUGCUAGUUAUGUUUUGUGUGAUUUAUGGCAAUUAUGUUUUUAUAGAGCUAAACUAGUGCCAGGUCACUAUCGUAAGAUGUUAAAAGAUCAAGAAGAAUCCACAGAACUUAGGAAAUGAUAUCAAAUUAGCCAUAUUCAGCAAUGGUAAUAGGAACUGGACUCUCCUUCAGCAGCAUCAGAUUUUUGACUUCAAAGGAGUACCUUUACUUACGUAUACUUUAUGGUAAGUUCAUUGAAUUAUACUUUAAAUGUAUUUUACUAUAAAGCAGAAUUCAUUUCUAACGUAUGUCUAUCUUGAUCCAAUCCAAGAUAUUUUUGUUAUCAGUAAUACCAAUUUUUUUUUUACUUGACAUCCCAUAAUACUGACCCUGAGAAUAGCAUAUGGUACAAAUCUGUUGGCUCUUAAAGUUGUUCAGAGCCAAGUUGAGAAGACCUCUGACAAGGUCGCAGUUUUUCAGUAUGGUACAUCAUUCCUCUGCUCUAGGAGCACUUUGAUGUAAACCUGUAUACAUUUAAGAAGCAAAAAAGGGUCAUAAAUCUGGUUUUUACAUGGUUGGUUGCUGGCAGUUGUUCUGAACAUUUUGUUUCAUUAUAAAGGAAUAUCUCCAAAAUCUAGAUGCUAGUACUAGCUGAAUAUUUUUAAUGUUCUGUAUUUUACAGAAAGUAAUAUUGAUGACAUUUCUAAAAUAUAAAAUGUAGGUAGAAUCAUUAAAAACUAAUGAUUGUGGUUCUUCCAGUUGCAAAAGAAUUUGGAGAAAGGGUUAGAAUAUUUUCCUGUGAUUAGGAGAGUAUACUGUCCAAAGGCUUUAGUUUAAAGAAAGUAAAGCAGCAGUUUUAGAGUAGCUUCCUACUGAAUAUACAAAAGAAGAACCUUUAGCUAUUUUUUGAUCCAAGUAUCAGAAAUUUACCUUUUCUCCUAACUUCUUAUAAAAAACAGUGAAAUUAAGAGUCAUAAAUACAAUAGAUUAGAAUAAGAAUUACCAGCCCAACGUCAAAUUCUACUUUGAAGAGUAUGUACGUAUUCAAACCUCAUUCUGAUGUCUAUGCAAUAGUACGUUAGAAUAUGAUUAUCAGUUGUUUCAGUGUGUUAAUGAGAAAUGAAUUGCAUUUUGUGCUCAAAUGCUCAUGGAUAUUUUAUUUGCAUUAUAUUAAUAUCAGCAAGGAUAUGGUCACUUAACUUUUCUUUGUAUUCAAGAAUUUUCUGUGUGUAAAUGCAUGUUAUAUUUUUAUGUAGGAUUCCAAACCUUCCCUUUGAAUGGGAACCUUUCCACAUUUCAGAGGUCAGCAUUAUGUUAAGAAGAAACAGUAAGGUCGUAUCUUUUUACUACCUAGAAAAAAAAUUUCAUCAGCUACCCAUUAUUUAUUUUAGUUAUUUAAUUUUGAAUUCUUUAUGGACAUUCUAAGGGGAAGUUUGGGUAUGAUCUUAGGUUUUAUAGAGAUACUGUGAUAGAGAUGGAGACUAUUUUGAGUAUAAAAAUUAAAGUCAGUGGACAGUGGAGAAAAGUAGGACUGGUCCAAACACAAUCUGUCCACAUUCUAGCCGUCUGCUGACCAGUUAGAGAAACUCCAGCCCAGGAAACCUUUCCAAGAGUCACAGCCCCGUUUGUGUCAUGAUCACAGUUGCCACAGUCACUUUUACCACUUGUGUUCACAGUGAAUUCAGCCCUCUCUUCUUUGUCAUUGGUCUUAAUAUCACUGAGAGGUAACAGAACAAAUAUUGGUGUCAUCGAGGACCCAGAGCUAUCCAUUGCUCUUUAUUCUUGUGGAGAAAUGAUUGCUAACAGAAAUCUGACGUAAGAAAUAGGGUUCUCCUCACCUGCCACCCUAAACAAAUGCCUGGACACAGUAAAUACCUCAGUCCUCUGUUCCAGAUACUCCAGCCUAGCCCAGGGAGAAACUGUCCUGUGCAGAGCAAACCAGUCACCCCCAUCCACAGGUUCCACAAGCAGCGAAGGCCAGCCUAGAGGUUUCACUUUGCUUUCAAGCUUGGGGUAGCCUCUGGAUCCUGGCACAAACCAAUACACCGGUUCAACCUCAGCACCAAAUCAAGUACAAAAGACUUGACAUGGCAUUUUUCUCCAUAUCAAGUUUAAGUCGCUGAAAAUAGACUCUGGUUGCUAAAGAUAAUCAUAGUUAUACCACAGUCUUUGAGAAAAGAUGAAAUGUAUUAAAAUAAAUAUUUAGUUUUAAUAAAAAGAUAAAACACUAUAGAAAUGAUUGAGGAGUAAAGAAUCCAUUAUUCAUUUGAAAAAAUAAAGUAACUUUUCCAGUAA